AUGUCUAGUACACUGAAUCACCCGUUCCCAGCGAACUUGCGACACCGGGGGGUUCCCGACAGCAGCAGUGGCCCGAGGAUUAUGGAAAUUAUUUCGCCGGACGACAAGCCGAAACCCCUUCCCUCUUUCUCAGGCCCGCCGCCGUCAAUGCAUCGUAUCCAGCCGCCCGAGGUGACGCAUGGCCUGGCCUCGGGGGUGUACGAGCCCGCGUGGCGGCCCUCCUACCCCUUCGAUGGUCCAUCCGCCGAGCAACGUCGCCUAUCCAGCGCUCCUCAACCACCCAUCCCACCCCCCGGAUAUCCCGUCAUGACCAACCGAGAAUUACCACAACCCCCCGAUGCUCGAUAUGCCCGACAGACCAGCUUGCCAGGCCCUUCCCACACGCCGACAGAAGCAGCUCCCCCGCAUCCAACCUUUCGCGCCAUGAACGGAGGACCCCAUGAGGCGCCCCCUCACUCCGCACCCCCCGAUUUCCGCCAGCGCAUCCCAUUUCCUCCCCAGGAACCGCAUGGGAACGGGGACCCCGGUCUCCCGGCGCAUUCACUCCCUCCCACGCAAUAUUCGACUCCGGUGCCCCAAAUCUCCCAUACCCCCACGUCGUACGACUCCGGAUAUUACCAGAACCAGGCGUUUGGCAUCCGUCAACGCAAGGCGGCCCGAGCCCAACAGGCUUGCGAUCAAUGUCGAGCGAGAAAGGCAAAAUGUGAUGAAGGACGUCCCUCCUGUAGUCACUGCAAGGAGAACGGCUUGGUCUGUGUCUACAAAGAAGUUCCUCCGCACAAGCAAGAAAAGGCCAUGCAGCUCAUCCUGGAUCGGAUACAGCAAAUGGAGGAUCGGAUGGACGACCGGAUCACUCAGUUCCACGGCCUGCAGGUGGUGUUUGGGAACACCAUGGAGAAGUACUUUAGCGGCCCCGAGAAAGCCAAGGUCAUCCACGAGGCACCGAAACCGACCGUCUCACGACUCCUGAAGCAAGAACUCCCGGAGGUCAUGCGGAAGGCCGAAAACGAGGAAAGCACGGUGAUGGUGACUCAAGACCCCGAUCAGCCGGGCCCCGUCACAGACGAAGGCCUGGAGGUCGGCCAUGAAGGCGAGCUCUCCAUUCCAGUGGAGCACACGACCGCGGCCCACAAGUUGCUUCUUUGGCCAUCUAUCAAGGCGUUACUCCUUCCUUACCAGUACGACGAAGACUAUGUGAUGAAAUUGGAAGAGGAACGCGGCUUGAUCCGCGUUUAUGGGCGUGGGGAAGGCGACGACACGAGUGAGGACGUAACCGUGACGACCACAUCGGUGGACAAGUAUCCUGAGUGGGAGACGAAUUACCCCAAAAAUGGUCCCUCGAGCGGCAAUUGGAGCAACAUGGCCAACGCCAACGCCCACGCCAACACCAACGCCAACGGACACCAGGAGCGACUGGCCGACAAUGGCGUGGACGACUUUGGUGUGCUCACGGCGCAAGCGGAAACCAUUCUCAGUUACCACCAGUCCUACAUGGACGAUGUCCAUAAACUGCACCCCUUCCUCGACCAAAACGAUCUGGAAGCCAAGGUCCGGCAGUUUGUCAAGAUCUACUGCCACCGCCACCAGAGUCCCUCGGCACCCAUGAUGAACAGCGGCAGCUUCGUGGGCACGCCACGGGGGGCCAAACGCAAGCGCUCCUGCGAAACGUUACAAGGGGCAGCGUGCGAUGUGCCCUCUCCAGCCGGCAUGAUGGCGCAGCAGGCCGGCGAUCGACCCAUCGAGAAGUCGGUCGACAACGCUAUUAUCCUGCUGGUAUUUGCCCUGGGCAGUAUCUGCCAGGUUCGCCAUGGUCCCAUUCCUGGCCCCGUGACGGACGAGCCUCCAAACUAUCUCAAACAGUAUAUCCCUGGGCCCACGACCCGCAACAUCCUGUCGCCUGACCGCUCCGAUUCGGUCUCGCAGCCCUACAUGUACGCGUCUUCAAUGGCGGACGGUCGCAAUAACGCCACCGGGCGUCCGGACAACCAGGGAUUACGGAACCUGGACAAGAUCCCCGGAUUGGCUUAUUACGCGUAUGCCACUCAAAUCCUCGGGAGUCUCCAAGGAUCCAACGGGCUGCGACACGUCCAAGCCGCCUUGCUGGCUGGUCUAUAUGCUGGGCAAUUGGCGCAUCCUUUCCAAAGCCACGGGUGGAUUUACCAGGCUGCUCGAGCUUGCCAAGUACUGGUCCGAUCGAGACGCUAUGAGAAAAUGACCGAUGGCCCGGUCAAGGAUCUUUACGAUUUUGCCUACUGGACAUGCCUACAGCUUGAAAGUGACAUCUUGGCCGAACUUGAUCUCCCAGCUAGCGGAAUCUCGCGCUCCGAAGCUCGCAUUUCGUUGCCCAAAGGCCGAUUCACCCUCACGCUUCCCAAUGAAAUCUCCGCCCCGAGCACGAUCAUGAUGUUCUUCUACUCCGCCCAGAUCCACCUGCGAAAGGUCUUGAAUCGUGUCCACACGGAUCUAUAUAAAGUUGAGAAACACGGCCAGAGCCGCUGGACAACGACCGUCCAAGAAAUUCUGAGCAUGAAUUUGGAGAUGUGGCGUAACAGCCUGCCGGAACCCAUGCGAUGGAGAGACACUGAUCCGCCGUCGGAUGAUAUCAAUGUCGCUCGGAUGCGGGCGAAGUACUAUGGCGCCCGGUACAUCAUUCAUCGACCUCUUCUCUACCACGCCCUGCACUAUAUUGGACCGCCGGAUGGUCGCGCGGUCUCGUUGGAUUCCCCCACCGGAUCUGCACCGUCCGGUACCAAGUCGCAACAGGUCUCUCCGUCAUUGACACACAGCGCCACCAACAUGACGCGUCUGUCAAGUGACAUGGGCCCGACGAGCCGAAGCAUCCCAUCGUCAAACCCGGGGAUUGUGACUGCGCAAUCCUACCGAGAGCUCCCGAAAAAGCUACGAACGGCCUGCCGCGUUUGCAUCGACUCUGCGAUUGCGAGCACGGAAGCCUUUGAUGGGAUCAAUGGCCGUCCUGUCGUGACCAACAUCUUUGGCACUGCCCACGCCCAAUUCGGUAACAUGUUGGUGCUGUCGGCCACCUUCAUGUCGCACCUUUCUGAGUUGGUGGAUCGCAAGACUCUUGCCCGUCUCCUGAGACGGACGAUCAAUUUCCUCCUGCAGAGCCAGAACAUUUCGCCUACUCUGCGGGCUGAUGCACGCAUCCUGACCGAGAUAUAUGAGAAAAUCUUCCGGGAGCCGCCGUCGGCGAGCUUUUCUUAG